UUAGAGUGACCAAUGAUUAGAACUCCAAUCAAAAAUUAUUACUCCGAUAACCUAAAAAACCUAACAUUAUUGAAACGUGAUUUUUGCAUUUGGUGUUAUACGGAUUUUUUAGGAAAUUAUUAAUCUGUGAUUCGAUGCAAAUUAAUUAAUUAAAAUAAAAUGGUUUUCUUAUCGUUAAAUCUGUUAGCGAGAUGUCGCGGACCCGACGAGUUCUGGCGUAAACGGAAAAUAUUUAAGCUCGCCGCGCAUUAUCUUGGUAGAAGAAGGAAUUGUUAUAGCUUAGCCAUCAGAAGUGUGCACAGAGCUUUGGUAUUCGCCACUCAGGGUAGAAGAUUGAAAAAAAUUGAUAUAAAAGAGCUGCGAGAACAGAGGUUACAAGCCGCUACAAAUGAACAUGGUAUAAAUUUCUUUACUCUGAAAGAGGGACUGACUAGAUGUAACAUUCUUUUGAAUCGUAAGGUGUUAGCUGACUUAUCAAUUUGGGAACCUCGAUCUUUCAAAGCUCUUACAGAUAUAGCUUGCACAAGAGCAAAGCAAGAUCAUUUAAAGUGUGUAGUCAAUAACGAAGUACCCCAGACUGUUUUUGUAAGAGGUUUGAUUAAAUGAAUUCUCGCAAAAAUUGUAUAAGAUAACAGAUGUUUUCCUUCUAACAUUUAUUGAUAAGCUUUUACAAUGUUCCCUUAUUGUAUUAGACUAAUUGUAUCAAUGAUACUGCAGACAAAUUAAUCUGAGAUUAUCUGUGUAUCUUGCAGUAUUAUAAAUACAAUUAAGAAUUAUCAACAACAACAAUGUAACAUAUUACAUAGCUACAUUGCGAGCAGAUUAGAUUGAAAAUAUAAGAUAAAUAUAGAUAUGACUCUCC